AUAUCUCCAGUCUCAGUGACUAGAGUGGGGGAGGGGAGAGAGAGAGACAGAGACGGAGACCAAGGAGUGGGGAUCGCGAGGAAUGAGGUUUGGAUGAAGCCAGACAGAGGGGUACUGCUGUACACUGACUGGCGUGUCCUGCCUGUACUCGAGGUGUUUGGGAGUAUUCGGGGAUGUGUGGACACAAGAGGGAGAUGGUUGUGGGAGUGCUCGGUGGGACGAUGGUGAUAAUGGGAUGAUAUUGUUCACCACGGGCCGGCUCUGCAGAGAGGAGUGCCAAAUGUCCCUGAAGCUGUACAGUUAGUUUUGCAGACAAUCCUCUGGUGAAGUGAGACCCUUGGACCAAGGAGAAGGAGAGCCGGAUACAGCAUCCCACCACUGACCGGAACAAGUAUACCACUGGAAUAGAGAGAGGCGCAUUGUGAUGGAGUCCCCGCCGGGCCCUCAGCUGUCCCGGACCCCCGACAUCCGGCAGGAGCUCCCCUCCCCCGUCGAGGGGGAGGGUCCAGGCGAGGAGCAGACCAGCGCGUCCACUCUCGCCGCACCACCGGCCUCGCUCGCAGGGGACCCUCCCAUCCCGGAGAAGGGGGAAUGCCCGAAGCCCCCAAUACCUGCGGGUAGGCUGCUGUGGACCCCCACAGAGGAGGAGCAGGAGGAGGAGGAGGAGGAGGAGAAGGGGGAGGAAGAGGAAGAGGAAGGGAUGGGGGAUGAGGAAGAGGAUGAGGAGCACCAGGAUUUCUACCCGCUCCAGCCCAGCCCUGACCCCUACCUGGAGAUGGCUGGGGGUUCCCCGCAGCUCUCUGCUCUCCCAGGGUCAGCGGACGAUGCUGAGGGUGAGGAUCCUUCACACACUGGCCUGAACGGGACGGCAGAACAGCUCAGGGAUGCCGAGCUGGGUGAGGGUGAGGGUGAGGUUGAGGGGAAGAGGCAGCGCCGACCUAACCGCUUCCCCUGCCCCGAGUGUGGCAAAGGCUUUGCCUGCCCCUCGCACCUGGAGCGGCACCUCCGCACCCACACCGGUGAACGCCCCUUCGAGUGCAUCGUCUGUGGCAAGACCUUUGCCACGCUCAGCCACCUGGCCCUUCACCGGCCCCGACACGGUGCCCCCCGCCCCUUCGAAUGCGCCAUCUGUGGCCGCUGCUACCCCACCUACUCCGAGCUCUCGUCCCACCAGCGCUUCCACAGUGGCCGGCGGCCCUACCCCUGCCAUCUCUGCCCCAAGCGCUUCUACACCUCCAGCGAGCUGCGAGCCCACCAGUUGGCUCACACUGGCGAGCGCCCGCAUCCCUGUACCGCCUGUGGCAAGCGGUUUGGCCGGCUGGGGCACCUGCUGGAGCACCAGCGCACCCACACCGGCGAGCGGCCCUUCGAGUGCCCGCUGUGCGGCAAGCGCUUCCACUCCAGCAGUAACCUGACCCGUCACCGCCGCUUCCACAGUGGGGAGCGGCCCUUCGCCUGUGGCGACUGCACCAAGUGCUUCUUCACCUCGGGGGACUUGCGCCGGCACCAGCAGACCCACGGCGGGGAGCGCCCCUUCUGCUGCAGCGAGUGUCCCAGACGCUUCUACCGCUCGGGUGACCUGGUGAAGCACCAGCGCACUCACGGUGCCGAGCGCCCCCACGGCUGCACUGCCUGCGGCAAGCGCUUCUGCACCGGCAGCGAGCUGAAGAUCCACGCCCGCUUCCACAGCGGGGAGCGCCCCUUCCCCUGCUCCCAGUGCCCCAAGCGCUUCUACACGGCCAGCGAGCUGCGGGUGCACGGGCGCACCCACACUGGCGAGCGCCCGUACUGCUGCCCGCUCUGCGGCAAGUCCUUCUACCGCUCGGGCGACCUCUCCAAGCACCGGCGUACCCACACCGGGGUGAAGCCCUUCGCCUGCACCCACUGCCCCAAGCGCUACUACACCUCCAGCGAGCUGGGCGUGCACGGGCGCACCCACACUGGCGAGAAACCCUUCCGCUGCCCGCUCUGUUCCAAGGGCUUCUACACGGCCAGCGUGCUGGCCAAGCAUCGGCUGACGCACGCUGCCACACCCGGGGGCCUCUUCCAGUGCCGCCUGUGCCCCCAGCGCUGCCCCAGUGCUGCCCGCCUGCGCCUGCACGAGCGGCAGCACUCGGGUGAGCCCACCUUCCAGUGUGGCGUGUGCCAGCGCCGCUUCUACACGGCGGGCGGCCUGAGCAAGCACCAGAACGUGCACGGGCCAGAGGCAGCCAUGGCCGACCAGCUGGCCAGAGCUGCGGCCCAGCGACUGGCAGACGCCCGCACCCAGCAGUUGGCGGCUGAUGCCCAGCGCCAGCUGCAGGAGGUACGGGCCCAGCAGCUGGCAACGGGCACACAGCGGCUGGCAGAGACCCCAGCCCCUUCCACCACCCCCACUGCCCCGGCCCUCUUCGAGUGCGGCAUGUGCAAGAGGGGCUUCGGCUCGUGGCCGGAGCUGCUGGCCCACCAGCCCCAGCACGAGGGAGAGCGGGCGGUGCAGUGCGCCGCCUGCCGCCAGCUGUUUGUGGCACCGGCGAUGGGCGAGGGGCCGGCAGCUGGUGAUGAGGACUCACAUUGCCCCCUCUGUCGUGGCCACCUCUCCAGCUUCGACAUCGCUGGCUUCGGCCUCGGCCUGGGCCUCUCCAACUUUGAGCUCUGCCUGCAGGGAGCCUUCCCCGCACCCCCCAGCUGGGACGGGCAGGGGGGAGCCGACCUGUGCAGCCAGGGGACACUCUCUCAUCCCUCCACUUGGCAGGGAGGGGCAGGAGGGCAGUAGCUGGGAGGACCCGUGAGGCUCCCUCCCCCAACCCCCACCAGUUGCCAAACUCCCGACAAUCCAAACCACCAGCCGGGUGUGUAGUGGGCACAGUCAUUGAGGGCAGUGAGGCGGGGGUGAGGGCAGGGAGAGAGAUGGGAGGAGUGGCAGAGUGACAGAGAGAAUGGAAAUGAGGCAGAGGAUGAUAAGGAGUGAUUGAGAGAGCGAUAGAGAACGAGUGAAUGAGAGGGUGAAGCUGAAUGUUGCAGAGAGGGUGAAUGAGGAAGGGCGAUAGAGAGAGAGAGAGAGAGAGAGAGUGAUUGAAUCAGAGGGGGAGAGUGUAAAUAGAGAGGGUGGGGGAGGGUUCUAGAGAGAGGCUGAGUGUGAAUGAAGCCGUGGUGGAGAAGUGAGGGGGAGAGAAUGAAUAAAGAGGGUGAUUGAGGGAAUGGAGAGAGAAUGAACGAGAAUGAAUAGGAAGAGUGAGCGGAGAGGAGAGUGAAUGCAUAGGGCGAGAGAGAGAGUGUGGAACAGAAGGAAUGAGUGAGAGUGUGGGAUGAGUGGGACUGUCGCCCAUUUUGUGAAGUUACUGCCUCCAGCUCCCCUCGCCAUGCCCCUCCCUCCAGCUCGCCCUCGAAUGCCUCUUCCCAGGUCAGCCCCCGGGUCAGGGGGUGAGGGUGGGCCACACUACCUCCACCGAUCAAUCGCCCUUUAGCAUGGCACCGCUGUUCUCCUCUGUAUAAUGUGAAUUAAAACAGUACGUGAUGACACAAA